CAUGGAUAUCCAUCCAAUAGUUGGAUUCAUUUCAGUCUGGUUCAAUGUGGUGGACAGACCAACAUUGGCAUCCACAGAGCCAUGCCAUUAGCAUAGCUAAAAAUAUUGUAUAACAACAUAGAGGACUCGUUUCAUUACACGGGACAGGUGUUCUCACUCUCUCUUUCUCCCAGCACUUCUAACCAUAACACUCAUUAGCAUUAGCUUUUUUCCUCCCAUUAUUAUUUAGUGUCAAGUUCCUACCAGGACAAUCUUUGACAAGCAUGAACAAAGGACUCCUGCCUGAGUUGGCUCCAUCCUCCUGUGUCGUGCAAAGCCAAAUCUCCAGGCUCUAACUGCUGGCCCUGGGUUUAUAAUGAAUCUGCGAAAGACAAAUGGACAGAGUAAGAUUAGGGAGUAAGAGCGAUGGGGGAGACUAAUAAUAGCCUCCACUAACAAAAGAGAAAGAGAGAGUGAGAUACUGGGAGGGAGGUGCGGUUAAAUAGAGGGACACCAAAUUGUUGGUCUCAUCUCUGAUCUGUCCAUCCUGACGCUGUUGCAUCUCACGCUCCGAGCUUCUAACACUGUGAGGUCUCAUCAGCAGGAUGCCUGAACAUGUGCAAGAGAGAAAACCAAAGAUCUCAGCUUCAAGGAAGCUGAUGCUCAAGAGUCUGAUGGUAGCAAAGGCCAAGGAGGAAUUAGAGCAGGAGAUCCUGGAUAAAGAAGACGAGAAACAGAAGUAUCUGUCAGAGAGAGCUCCACCUCUCAACACCAGCAGCUUGGGUCUUGCACAGCUACAGGAUCUCUGCAGAGAGCUCCAUGCCAAGAUAAAUGUGGUGGAUGAGGAGCGAUAUGACAUUGAGGCCAAGGUCAUGCUCAACACACGUGAGAUUAAAGACCUGAACAUCAAGGUACUGGACCUCAGGGGGAAAUUCAAGAGGCCUAAUCUACGGCGUGUUCGUGUCUCUGCUGACGCCAUCCUCCGCUCACUGCUGGGCUCCAAGCACAAAGUCUCUAUGGACCUCCGCGCCAACCUCAAGUCUGUCAAGAAAGAGGACACUGAAAAGAAGAGACCAGUAGAGGACAGCGACUGGAGGAAGAAUGUGGAGGCCAUGUCAGGGAUGGAGGGCAGAAAGAAGAUGUUCGAUGCUGCUAAGGGUCCUGCCCAGUGAACCCAGAAGGUGGGCUGAUGCCAUGUGAGCUCCAGCGCUCCUCCUGCAUCUAGAUUGGUUUUGUUGUCUAUUAUUGCACCUUCUGUAUUUCUGUCUCACGCUGUCAUCCUUAGUUAUGCUCCUGCCACGGAGAUGAGAAGAUCUCUCCACACUCCUUUUUCUCCACUUUCCUUAAGAACUGAUCUAUUUGCUGUUCAUUGAUGAGGUGUUGAAAAUGUCUAUAUCCAUGUGACAUGUAUUAUUAUUUGUAUUGUUGGUGUCAUAGCUGAACCUCAGAGAUUUAGGUUUAUAUUUGUGCAGAGAUGUCAAGGUGCGGCUUGUAUCUCUACAAGACAAAUGUGGAUAGUAUUAUUAGUAGGCCGACUUGGCUGAAUUAAAAUGCAACUUUGAUGUUCUUGUUUGGGGAUAAACUGUAAGCAUGGCCUGUGGUUUUGUUUAUGUCAUUAAACAUAAUGAUGUGCACUUCAUCUGAUAAAUUUAAAUGAAA